AGCUUUAAAUCUCUCCGUAUUUUUUUCACCAAUAACCAACCAUCAAUCUUACCCCACCUAAAUAUCAUUUCACCAGUUGCCUAAUUUUCCGCCGGUGAAGACUUCCGUCAAAAUAGGUUUUUCCGGCGAUGAGUGCGGCGGAGGAAGUAAAGCCUAGUGAAGCUCCACGGCGGCGCUUGUCCUGUAUGCCUUGCUUCGACGCCCUUUGGUUUUGCUAUUCACCAGUUCAUCAGGUGCAGCAAUAUUAUCGGCUUGGAGUUCUUGACAAUUGUUCAGGGAAGUGGAGUAAGCUUGUUGACUGCUUGAGUUUGAAAACUAAGAGUUCAGCUGAAUUGCAGGAUAUUUUGGAAACACGUGAGAAAGAAAAGUUGCACAUUUGGUCUUUUAGGACACCGGAAGAAUCAGCUGCUAAAUGGCAACAGUGGUAUGGACAUUUAGAUGAACCAGAGUAACUACAUCCUACGAGUUGCUCUUUUUCAGACUUCAUUUCAGUGAUUUAACCAGAGUGCCUUAUCAAAGCGGUGACUGUCCUUUACAAGCUCAUAUUUCAAUUCCUUUACCAAAAAUUACAGCUUUUCCAGUAUAUGAAUUAGGACUAAAUCUUUUAUUAAUAAAGCUAUUGACUCAUAUGAUAUUAUAUUUUGGAACCAACCAAUGCUACUUGGACAUAUUCAAAUCAUAGCUUAUUGAAUUCAUGAGCAAAAUUUUGUCAAGGGUUGCUGAUAAUUUGAUUGGCCGAGGUUGUAAUUUUAACAUUUUUGAAUUUCUAUUUUUAUCGACAUCGUAGUUGUGCACUUGUUCAGGGUUAGUCGAAGCUGUGAACAGGCUGGAAAAUUUAAUGAAAGUGAUUACAAAUUGUUGAAUUUUA